AUAUUUGAUAUGUGUGAUAAGAUACUCAAGGACCCUAAGUAUGAUAACGAUAUAAUUUCUGAACCAUUAACAGUAAAUCAAAAGCAAUUUAUAGGACAACUUGAAUCUCAAUUAUCCAUGCACCUUGAAAAUGUCGGAGCAUACACGAUUAGUUUCGAAUCUUCUAAGAAACCUUUUUUGAAUAUGAAAAUAGAAGAAAUGAAAGGACUUGAAUAUCCGGUUGCUCUUAUUAUUGCAGCACAAGGGUAUCCAAAUAUCGAAAUGACUAUCGUUGAUAUAUGUAAUCAUACUUAUUUUAAGGAUUUUAUUAGGACAUAUUAUGAUUUAGAUUUUGAUAAUACAGGAGGCAUUUUAUAUAACCAAUUAAAAACUAUCAUUCUAGCAACCAAAAUCAAAUAA